CAAUAUACUCCUGUUAAUAACGUGCAGUAUGAACUAGCAUGCAAUUAUAAGUACAUACUAGCAACAACGUUCGUGCGUAGCUUUGUUUCAAUAGAACGCUAUGAAGUGGUGUAAACUGAAAUUCGAUAGCAAAAUGCCGGUACGUCAUGCUUUUUUUAGCGUUCGGAUAGGAUCUAUAAUGGAUGAAUAUUUGAUGAGCUUCACAUCAACAGUUUAUAAGUUGAUUACGGUGAAAAUUAAAAUUAAUUUCGUUAUCUGCCGUUUCAUCUUGUAGCAACAACCGCAUAUUAUGCAGCGAUGUAUUUCGUGACGAUGAAAAUAUUACUGUGACAUUACGCCUUAAAACAGUUUGCUGCAAGGAUGAAAUGGAGAAGUGUGUUUAAAGUGUGCUUGAGUAUUUUCGUGGAUUAUUGCAGUAAUUGUUCCUUAAUGGGAUUAGGUUAUAUAGCAAAUUCAAAGUACCACUACACAGAACGUUUGUUUUGGCUGGGAUGCGUACUGUUAUCCUGGACCGGAUCAUACUAUCUGAUCUCUAACUAUAUGGAAAACUUUCACAAAAAUACUGUCAGUAUGGUAAUCGAAAAUAUGCCGGCAAGAAGUGUGGUACACUUUCCAUCGGUUGGCAUCUGCGAAGUGGGUUACACUAAGGAAACUUAUCAAAAACUGGAAAACAUGGUGGAGCAACUGAAGACAGAUGAAGACAUGGAGUAUAACUACGACGUAGAAGAUUUCAUGCUGAGAAUCGUUUACCAUAAUCUGUACAACUACGGAUCGAUUAUGUCGUACUGUGUACCGUAUAAGAAUUGCGAUGGAUGCAUGAGAUGUCCGGAGGAAGGAUAUAACAUUUUUGCCGCCAAAGUGAGAGCCAACUGUCACGAGCUUUUCAAGGCAUGUACCUGGAAUGGACAGCAGUUCGAUUGUUGCAAGUAUUUUCAUUCAAUUCAAACCACGAUGGGAUCAUGUUACUUGUUAAACUCCAUACAGCUAGUUGAGAAGGGCGGACCACAAUGGUUCAAUAUGGAAGUCGGACGUUCAACGCACUCCUCUGGAGAGUUAUUGCUAAACUUCUCUAAGGCUAGUUCAGCCUAUAUUCUCAACGAAGAAGACAUACCCCACAUACUGUUGACCACGGCACAGUUCACUCAUAUUCCGGAAGGGUAUGCAGGCAAAGUAUUUUUCACAACGCAGAAUGUGGUGAAUGAUCCUUUGAUACAUAGCGUUGAUCAAGAAAUACGCCGCUGCAUUUUUCCCGAUGAAAACGCAAACACUAACUAUUCCAAAUAUAGUUACAGUGUUUGUGUCACGGAAUGUCUUAAAAUGGCUCAAAUUAAGGCGUGUAACUGCAGUCAUCACAAUAUGAUCAUCGAUGAAAACGACGAAAGUCCAAUAUGCGGCUACGACGGGCUAUUUUGCUUGGACCAAAAGGACCUUAUGUUUCCCCAAACAACAAUCAUGCAACCCUGGCGGACCAAUGGGCUGGUUUGCCAGUGUCUACCAUCUUGCAACGAGCAUGAAAUCAGAGUAAUUGGCAAGCAAUCAAAAACCGAAGAAGGUAAUGAUCGAUCGGUACUCUUUAAAUUGUUGGCACUGCCGACGCAGCGCUACCGAAGACAGAUCGUGCACGAGAACUUAGACAUCGUGGUAUCGGUUGGUGGAAUCCUGGGAUUUUUUAUGGGCGCUAGUGUUCUGAGUUUGGUUGAAUUUAUCUACUUUUUUACUAUUCGACUAUUUUCGACUAGCUACUUGAUUCAUUAUGACGAUGAUGACGAGGAUGAAGACGAAUAUGCCGAUGAUUACGAUUAUGAUGAAGAUUGAUUGGAAAGUUCUACUAAUUAUGAAUCACAUGCCGAACGAAAAGAAUUAAUAUACACUUUAGAUACCUUUUCUCCUUUUGCUUAGUGCUUUCGUUAGUAAUGUUUAUG